UAGAAAUAACAUUUAAUGGACUGGUUUUGUCAUUUGCCUCGUCCUUUACAGUACUGUUUUUUUUUUGGUGCAUCUUUUAUAUUCACUACUUCAGUUGCUUUUGUAUUCCAAUAUUAUACUGUGUAUAAAGUUAAAAAAAAAAAAUCUCUAGUGAAUUACAGUUCUGAAAAAAAUCAAAAUUUAGAAGUUAAUUUAGAGAAUAAACCUAAUCAAAAAGGAAGUUUAGAAAAAUUACCCAAUAUGGUUUUUUUAAGUAAUAAUAAAGAAAGUUUUUGCACAUUUUUUGAAAACAAAACAGGAGAAAAUGACUUUGAGCUAGAUACUGAAAAAGAUUUCAUACCAUUCUUUACUGAAGAUAAACUUGAAUAUUUGAUUAAAAAAAGUAUUUUAUCUCCAUCUUCUAAAGUAGCUGUAGAAAAUGUAGAUGAUGAUUUUUCAGAGGAAAAGAUUGUAAGAAAAAUUGUUAUUCUUGGUCUGGAAAAUUCUGGAAAGUCUACACUCGUAGCUCAGCUUUCAAAAAAAGGAAAUCAUUAUAUGGAGUAUAAACCAACUAAAGGAUUUAAUGUUAAAUGCAUUUCUUUUGAUAACUGUGACCUCAGUAUAUGGGAAAUAGGAGGAGAAGAAGAUUAUCGGGUUUAUUGGCGUAACUUUUCUUAUACCACUGACAUGAUUAUAUUUGUGAUUGAUUCUUCUGAUAGGAAUAAAUUCAAAUCAGCGAAAACGUUCUUCUCUGAAAUAUUAGAGAAUUUACACGAAACAGUUAAUUUGCACAUUCUAGCUACAAAAGUUGAUAAAAAUCAGUCAGCAUCACUUGAAGAGUUAUAUUCAGCUCUUGAAUUAGAAAAAUCAAUUUGGGAAAUACAUAAAGUCUCAAUGGUUACAGAGGAUGCAACUGAAAAUAUAGAGUUAGCUCGAGAUACCCUUAAGAGUUAUGGUAAAACUGUUAUUGGAGGAAUUAUUUCACCAACUCACGAUAUGUAUAAAAAAAAGGGACUUAUUGCUUCGAAGCAUCGAGUGCAGAUGUGCCAAUUGGCAACAAAUACUUCUAACUGGAUAAGAGUGAGUAGCUGGGAAAGUGAGCAAGAUUCAUGGCAGCGAACUGUGAAAGUAUUAAGGCAUGUUGACCAAGAUGCAAAUAAAGUUUAUGGUGUACCUGUUCAUGUUAAAUUUCUAUGUGGAGCUGAUCUUAUGGAAUCAUUUUCUGUGCCAGAUCUUUGGAAAACUGAAGAUAUUGAGGAAAUUGUUGGUAAACAUGGUUUAGUUGUUAUAACUAGGGCUGGCUCAAAUCCACAGAAGUUUAUUGAAAAUUCGAGUAUUCUUUCCAAGUUUAAGAGUAAUAUUGAUAUUGUGGAGGAAUGGAUUUUGAAUGAAAUAAGUGCUACUAAGAUCCGAACUGCAUUGAGUCGUGGUGAAAGCAUCAGAUAUUUGGUUCCAGACACGGUCAUUGAUUAUAUCGAGAAAAAUAAACUUUAUUGUUAGCUGAAUGUUGUAGAGUAUGAUACUUUCAAAGAUGUGUAUGCAUCAAUACCUCCAUCACUGACAACUAAUCUACAAAUGAAAAACGUACUUUCAUCCUUGAUUGAGAAACAGAUGGCGCCAGGUCUCCUUAACUUGUCUUAACUUUGUAAGAUCUACUUGGCUCUUCCUUUUACAUCUGCUAACGCUGAGAGAGGUUUCAGUAGACUUAAGAUUAUCAAAUUUAUCAGCAAUCAACAAUGACAGUCUUUUUGGAUUGGCAUAAGUUUCAAUUAAAGUAAAUUUGCAGAGAGUAUUGACUUUUCAAUAAGUCGUUUUGCUUCAAUAAAAUAUUGCAGAAAAAAUGUCUUCCUUAAUGCUUGCUUUUAUUAAUAUGUAAUGUAAAUACAUUUUUAAAAAACCAAAGCAUUGCAACAA